GAAAGGCAAUUUGCUUUGCAAAAAUAAUGACAAAGCUGUUUCACUUUUGCAGCAGUCAGUUCUAGCAGGUUGUACUGCAUUCUGCCUCUUAAGUUAUAAGCAUGGCAGAUAAGUCUUUGUUCAUUAUUGCCAUUGACUUUGGUACAUCUUACAGUGGGUACUGCUUUGCCCUUGAGUCAUGUGUAGACCAAAUCCGUCAGGUGUUUUGGGGCAUGGAGCAUGGGUUCAAGACUGUGAAGACCCCCACAUGCAUUCUCUUUAAUGAGAAGAAGGAAUUUAAGAAGUUUGGUUAUGAUGCUGUCAUGAAGUACAACACAUUGCCCUCCAGCGAAGCUCCCAAGUGGUACUUCUUCCAGAACUUCAAGAUGAAGCUGUACAACCAGAAAAUCACCUCCAACAUGGAGCUGGAAGCAGAUAAUGGAAGGACGCUCCCUGCCCUGACUGUCUUCUCAAAGAGUCUGUGUUACAUGAAGGACCAUGCCCUAAAAACCAUUGGGGAGGCCACAUUCCAAACUGCCUGUGAGCCGGAGGAUGUCACUUGGGUUGUUACUGUUCCAGCCAUAUGGGAUGCCUCUGCCAGACAGUUCAUGAGAUUGGCAUCAAAAGAGGCGGGGCUUAUCACUGACAUGUUUUCAGAGAAGCUCAUCAUUGGCUUGGAACCAGAGGCUGCAUUUGUCUGGUGCAAGCAGCUCCCUCAGUAUGGGUUUGUGGCAGAAGGUAGCCACAGAGAGAAGUUUGAAGAGUCACCUGGGACUCGGUACAUUGUCGUUGAUUGUGGAGGGGGUACAAUAGACAUCACAGUGCAUGAAAUCCAACAGAGUAAAACCCUAAAGGAGUUGCAUAAGGCAUCUGGAGGUGGAUGGGGAGGGAACACAGUGGAUGAAAACUUCAAAGACUUCCUGAGGGGAAUAUUCUACGGAGGAAUAUGGGAUGAAUACAUAAAAAAAUAUCCAACAGAAUUCCAUCAAAUGAUGUACAACUUUGGCCUCCAAAAAUGUUCUUCUAGUAGAGAUGAUGUCUACCUCCAUUGCUACUCCAACCUAAUAAGAGUGGCUGAACAGAAGCAAGACAUCUCUCUCUUCUUCAGUGGUAUGGAAGGAACUCACUGGCAUGAUGGGAUCAUCAUGAUUACGUAUGAGAAAAUGAAGAGCUUUUUUGCGUACGGCACUGGGAAAAUCAUUGGUGCUUUGAAGGAAAUCCUCAGGAAACCCGAGAUGGCUACAAUCCAGUAUAUUUUGCUUGUUGGGGGAUUUGCCUCCAGCAUUAUUCUGAGAGAUGAGAUCUACCACACAUUCAGUGAGCGCUACUCUAUCCUGUGUCCCAUGGAAGCCCAGGCAGCCAUUGUUAAGGGGGCUGUUUUGUUUGGGCACAAUUCACAAAUUGUUGCCUCAAGAAUCAGUGCACGGACAUAUGGAGUAGCGGUAUCCCGUGCAUUUGAUGCAGCUGUCCACGAUGAAAGAAAAAGAGUCUCACAAAUCAAUAAUUAUGUGUACUGCACAGACCUCUUUAUGGAAUUGGUAGGAAUUGGGGAUUUGGUAAAGAUAGAUGAAGCUGCCCAUUACACUUUCACUCCUGUGGAACCAGAUCAGACAAGAACGUGUAUUCAGUUCUACUGUACAGAAAAGGAGGAUGCAAAGUACAUAGAUGAGGAAGGGAUGAAAAUGCUUGGCUCCUGUACUGUACCAAUGCCAAACCCAGAGCUGGGGAGAAAGCGCCGGGUGAGACUGGAUGUUAAAUUUGGGCUGACAGAGUUUAAGGCCACAGUUACCAAUCUGACUUCCAAUCAAAGUUGGACAGUUAUGAUAGAUUUUUUAACAAUGUAAAGAAUCCACAGUUCACAAAGUAGUAGGGAUGAUGACUAAGGGACUCCUUAAUUAGAAUAUUCAGGCUACUAUGGUUGAUGUAGUCAAGUAAAAUUACUUAUCUCAGUUGUUCUCAAACUUUUGGCCCUGCGGGCUGGAUCAGACUAUCUGUGGGCCAGACCAGGGCCUGGGCCCAACACCGCACUCUCCCUGCCCCACAUGCCAGGAUUGGGUUUUAGGGAUCAGACAUCAUUCCCUCCCACCCCUGGCUUGGACACCAGGGAGUUGGUACCACCCCCUUCCAGCCCCACCAAUUGGGAUUGGGUGCUCCCCAUGGGUCCUGCUACCUGGUGUGCCAUACUAAACCAUACCUGUUCUCCUUCACCCUAUGUACUUCUUGCAGUUGUAUCUUCUAAUACUGUGAUUUUGCAGUAUCAUAUUUCCUAACAUUUAAGCUUCUCUACCAGUUGCAAUAUUCGCUGUAUUCCCCAUAAUGCAUCCCUGUUAGAAAAGCAAGAGUAAUAGAUUGGAAUGACUCACUGUGCUGCCUGUAGCACUAGGUCCAGCCUACGAACCUCAGGCAGUGCACAACCCACACCAGUCCCAUGUGCUACAUGCAGAGCAGGGCCAAAUAAGUUUGACAACCCUGUGUUAGAAUUAUAUCUUGGGAUAUUUUUCACUAGAGUGAUAUGCUGUGUACUGAAGUGCUUUGCUAAAUGCUGCUAAACCUUGGAUUUAAAGAUAUUUGGUUGAUUUACUAUAAAUAAAAGUUUGAAAGCUUAUCUUAAACAGUACCUCCCUUUGUUUUUGCAUGUAGACUAUGGUUUAUUGCAGAUGUGGGCAAAAUAUGGCCAGUGAGGGACACAGAAACAGCAUAUAAGCCACUGUCUGCAGCCUUUCUGUCCCUUUUGUGAGCUGUUUCUGCCUGAGCAACAGCGUCUGAAAGGUACUGGACU